CUCUUUAUUUCUCUCCCAACAUGGCUCGUGAUGGGUAUCGUAAAAAAAUAUAAUUCCACGACUGUAAAACAAUAUUAAUUUGUGAUAAAACAUCAUCAGGUCAACCAUAGAGUAUAAACUAAAAAAUGGGCAGCAAGCAGAAUAAUGGGCUGUUUAUGUGCAAUUUAUGCCAGAAGUCCUUUGGAUGUUCAAAGAAUCUGGAAGAACAUGUGAAUGAUCACGAAUUGGCAACUAAAAGAUCCCUACAGAUUCAUGAUUGUUCAGAAUGUGGCAAAUCUUUCCGUUCACACGACUCGCUGCUAAAUCAUGGGAAGCUACAUGAUGACGGUAAGGUUUACGAAUGCAGUGAAUGUGAAAAGAAAUUCACAAGAUCCGAAGAACUUCAUAUUCAUCGUCGAAUACACCGCAAUGAAUCCGUUUUUGAGUGUGUUUUCUGCGAUCGGCUCUUUGCUCAAUUCAAAAAUCUCACAAAUCACAUGCAGAAGUUGCAUCAGAAUGAGAUUAAUCAAGGGAAGUUUUCAGUUUUGCCAGAGAAAAGUGAAACAGAAUGUUCUCUGGAUACUGAAAAUUCUGUUCCGGAAACACCAACUUCCAUUGAAUACACGAAAAAAUAUUCCUGUCUCCUCUGUCCGGUGGCAUUCAUCCAAAAAGGGACGUUGGACAUGCACUACCUACGGAAGCACACCUCAGAAAGGGAUCUGAACAAAUUAGAAAAAUUAAUUGAAGACAAAAAGCACACAGAAGUGUCUCAAGAUCCUGAAAAGCUGACAAUACAGAUUCAAAGUAGAAAAAAAUGUCCUCUUUGUGAAGAUUUCUCCGAAAGUACUGAAGAUCUGAUGUUGCACUUGAGAAUUGAUCAUGAUACUGAAAAGGACUUCAAGUGUGGUAGAUGUAGUUUGACUUUUUCCACAAUCUCCUCCUUGUCUAAGCAUAUGAAGAAUCACACAGCAGAGAAGCACAAUUGCACAUUCUGUGGUCAACAUUUCAGCCUCAAUCAAACUCUUCAGAAGCACAUGAAGCGACAUGUUGGAGCCACAAUUCAUAAUUGCAAAAUUUGUGGCAUUCCCUAUGGGCAAGAACGAGAUUUGGAGAGGCACAUGAGGAUCCAUGCUGGAGGGAAGCCCCACAAGUGUGAAUACUGCGACAAGAGAUUUGCUCAAUCGUGCGAUAAGAUAAAACAUUCAAGGAUUCAUACAGGAGAAAAGCCCUACACUUGUGAUAUCUGCGGGAAGACAUUUGCCCACUUAACGAGUGUAAAGAAACACAUGAUGGUGCACACGGGUGAAAGACUCUAUCAGUGCAACUUCUGCGGAAAGUCCUUUCAGCACAGCAGUAAUCUUGUUGUUCAUACGAGAACUCACACAGGAGACAGACCCUUCAAGUGCAGCAUCUGCGAGAAAGCCUUCUACGCAUCUGGGCACUAUGCUGAUCAUAUGAAGAUCCACACUGGCAAGAAAUGCUACAGUUGCAGUGAAUGUGGCAAGGAGUUUGUGCAUCAGAGUAGUUUCCAGAAGCACAGGAGGAUGCAUCGUGGAGAACGACCACACAAGUGCACAGUGUGUCAAAAGGGUUUCUCACAGCCAGGGCACUUGAAGGAGCACUUUCGUAUUCACACGGGUGAGAAACCCUUCUCCUGCGGCAUAUGCAAGAGGCAAUUCCGAAGGGCUGAUGCUCGCAACAACCACUCGAAAACACACAUGAUUUCUGCGACGGCACCAGCAGAAUAUGGGAAUCUCGAAGAAAUCAAUAAUACCGAGGGGGUAAGCCAAUCACAGUGAAUAAAGAAUUAUUCAUGGAAUGUU